UUUAAUCACUCUUCAGUCACUAUUGGAUGGUUGAACAUCGAUUGCGGGAACAAUGUUGUACGUGUAGAUCCCACAAACUUACUGACAUGGGUCACAGACAAUGAUUUGAUCCAAACGGGCAUCAACAAAGAAAUUCCACAAAAGCAAUCACUUGAAGAAAUGAACACCCUCCGUUCAUUCCCAAAUCGGACACCACAAAAUUGCUAUGCUUUGCCAGUCGAUAAGCAAACCGUACGCUACCUGAUUCGGGUUGGGUUCUACUAUGGCAACUAUGAUGGUCUCUCAAACCCUCCAUCGUUCGAUAUUCAUAUCGAUGGUCAAAAAUGGUCGACGGUCAAAACAUCAACUCUGGGAGAAGGGCCAAUGUAUCAUGAAGCCUUGUAUGAAACUCAAGGGUUAGGUUCUAUUAGUCUUUGCGUUGUGCAAGUUAAGGAUGGAGGGGUUCCCUUUAUUUCUUCAAUAGAAGCUGUUCCGUUAUUGGCUCCUUUUAAUCCAUUGUACUCUAAGAUGGAGACAAACAACACUUUCGAUUUAGUAUCCAGGAUAAACUUUGGUGGUGAUGAAAUAAGGUUCACAGGGUUAUUAUCAGAAAACUAUAACCGAAUAUGGACACGAGGAACAACUCCGCCAAACUGCAACGAAGUUUCUACCUUACCAGAUAUACUCUCCCCAGAAAAUGACCCUCCUAUUUCAGUGUUGCGCACGGCCAUAGAAUCAAUAGACCUUACCCAUCCAAUAACCUUGCCCGUUAGCCUCUCGCAAACAACCCCCCAGUCAGCUUACUUUGUGCUCUAUUUUACCGAAACGACAAGCCUACCUAAACCAGGCGACACCAGAAUAAUUCAGAUCAACAUCAAUGGUCAAAUGAAAUCCACAGUGACACUUGAGUUCACUAAAUGCAAGGUGAUCACAUUAUACCCUGUGAUCGUCGAGGGUACCACAAUUAACGUGACAUUGGCAUCGGCUAGUAGCUCUACCCUACCUCCGAUCAUCAGUGCAAUGGAAGUGUUCACAAGAGUGGAUCAUGAAAAGAGUUCAUCUCCUCCUCCUGCUUCUCCAGCCUCACAUGGAACUAGAGGAACUUCUUUUGUGCGCACAUUCAUAUUGUUUCUUGUGUUUGGUUGUUUCUUCCAUUGCUAGCUUGAAAUUUGUAUACAUAUUAAUUAG